GACCCGCUAGAAAUGAAAGCUUAGUUCGACAUAUUUUGCUGGUUGCACCAAUUCAAUUAGACCUUCAAAUUAUGCUCCUUGAGAAACUUCCUGAAUAUUUUGACACGGUUUCCGGAGAUUCCGAAACGUCAUUGUCCCUUGAAGACGAUGUUGCUAGGCUUAUCAUUAAUCAGUUUCGGUGGCUUGAUUUUGUUGUUGAUCCUAGUUCCUUCACGGAUAAGUUAUUGCAAGUGCUUUCCAUUUGCCCUUUACACUUGAAAAAAGAGAUAAUUGGAUCAUUGCCUGAGAUCAUUGGUGAUCAGAAUAACAAGACUGUGGUUGAUUCCCUUGAACAAAUGCUUCAUGAGGACCCAUCUGUAAUUGUUCCUGUGCUCGACUCUUUUUCAAAUCUUAAUUUGGACCAUCAGUUGCAAGAACAGGUCAUAACUAUAGCACUAUCAUGCAUUAGAACAAUUGAUGCGGAGCACAUGUCAUGUCUGAUUCAAUUUUUACUACUCUCUGCCACACAACUAAAUGUUCGCAGGAUAAUCUCACAGAUACGUGAGCAUUUACAGUUUGUUAGGAUACCACAUAAUCGCACAAUGCAAAAGAAUAAACUCAAAGGGAAAUUGCUUGUUGACAACACUGAGGCAUCCAUUCUAGAUGCAUUGCGAUCUAGCCUUCAAUUUAAGAGUCUACUCUGUCAAGAGAUUUAGAAGGAAUUGAAUGGCCUUGAAAAACCUCGAGAUCAC